AUGCCACCGCUCGGCGACCACUGCCCGCUCCUCCCGUCCACCUUGGCCUCGACGCCGACGUCGGCGACGCUACUACCGCCGCUGCUAUCGGCGCCGCCGCGACUACCGCCCUCACUACUACACACGCCGACGGCGGCGGCGGCGGCCGAUCUCCGGAACUGGCUUCUGCACCACCAGGUCGACCUCGACCGCGUGGCGUUUGGCGCUGGCGCCGUCGCCCAAACCGCCUUGACCAAAGGCGCCACCUCGCUCGCCGUACCGUUUGCGCUGACCAUGAACGUGCACUCGGCGCGGUCGUCGGACCUCGCGCCGCUGCUACAGCGCGAGUCGACGCUCCUCGACAACGAAGUGCUCGUCUUGCAUCUCGUGUACGAGCGGCUCAAGGGCGACGCGUCGUUUUGGGCGCCGUUUCUGCGGAGCCUUCCGGCGAGCUUCGACACGCCGAUUUACUGGUCGCACGCCGAGUUCCACGAGCUCAAGGGCACCAACGUCGCGAUGCUCACCAACGUGCUUCGGCAGCAACUCGUCGCCGACUACACGACCAUCUACCACCGGAUCUGCCUCCGGUACCCGCAGAUGUUUCCGCUUGACCGCGUCUCGAUCGGCGACUUCAAGUGGGCGCUCAGCGUGCUCUCGUCGCGGGCGUUUGGUAUCACCAAGGACGGCGAGUACCUCCAAGUGCUCUGCCCGGGCCUCGAUCAGCUCACGCACGACGUCAACCUCCACGUCCCCCUCGACGAAGUCAUUGUGUUUGACGCGUCGACGCAGACUCUGGAACACCAUGUGCAUGACGCUGUCGCGGCCGGGGCGCCGCUCACGAUCAGCUACGGCCCGUACUCGAACGCCAAGCUCCUCUGCGCCUACGGCUUUGUCGUGCCAGGCAAUCUCAACUGCGGCAUUGACUUUUGGCUCGACAUUCCGCGCUCGGACCGCUACUUUCGGCUGAAGAAGGCGCUGCUCGACUCGAACGCGCUCACGGCGGCGCAAACGUACGACUUUGAGGGCACGCUGCUCGGCCACGCGGUCUCGGAGCGGCUCCUCGCGACCGUCCGCAUCAUCCGCAUGCACGAGACGGAGAUCGACGCCCACAACAACGCGUUCAAGAGCCAAAUGAUUUCGCGCAGCAACGAGAUGCUCGUGUACGACAGCCUCAUUGCGGCCUGCCGCCAAAAGCUCCAGUCGUACACGUGCACGCUCAAGCAAGACGACGCACUACUGGCGUCGGGCAUGGCGAUGGGCAACCGGCUACAGAUGGCGCUCCAAGUGCGCAUGGAGGAGAAGCGCGUGCUGGUUGAGACGAUUGAGACGCUCAACCAGUGGAGUGACUACCUCAUGAUCAAGCAAGACACUGACACGCUCGUGUACCCGCCCCACGACGUCACCAUGGCCUUGUAG